AUGGAUGAAACGCAGGGUAUCCUGGAGCGUGCACGUCAACGAGAAGCAGAAUUGGGCAAAGAGAACAGCUUUACGUCAGAUUUACAGGAUGAUUCGGUGAAUACCGCUGUUGGUGACACAGAUUCCGAACCACAGUCGAACGUUGGAGCUAAAGGGGAUGCAGCCGAGAAACCACGACGAUCAUCACUGUACCCAAGUGAAGAACUGGAGGAAAUGCGCCGUGAUGCUCUCAAGGAAACCAACAAUAAUCUGAACAUUGAUGCAAACAAGUCGUCAGAUCAAUCAUCUCCUCAGCACUUCACAAAAAACGCAAUGCGAUCACGUUUCGCGGCUCUAUCAGCAGAAUUGAACAAUUUCGAAUGUGAAGAAAAACCAGCUUCAACUCGAUCCAAAGAAUCUUACGUGAAAGGCGUAUCGCCUCGUCUCAGCAUUGGAGAGAUCCGUCCAACUGCUUUAUUCACUCCAACUGCAAGUUAUUAUCCGACAGCUAAGGACUCCAAGCAGUCCUCGCCACACAUCAUCACAAAAGCAGUUAUAAGAUUAGACUCUGUUGCUGAGGCGUUAACAGAGAAACAAGUUGAAAAUGCGGCGACAGAACGCAGUACACAGAUCAUCGAUGCCACUCAGCUGAGAAUCAUGUCGAAAUCAUCUCCGCAAAAAGCAGUUUCACAAUUCAUCAGAACAGAUGAAAAGCAGAUCAGAUUCGCAUCUCCAGUUUGCCAAAUUAAAUCCUACACGAAAACUUGCGCCUCAUCAAAGCGUUCAUCAUGUGAUUCGCACGAAGAAGAUUGGUCGCAAUCAGUGAUCAGUCAAGACAAACAACAAGGGGAACAAUCUUCGGAGUCGCCAGGACAUGAAAUCGUUAAGCGUGAAAGCCAAGAAUAUGGAAUACACAACUUCUUCAAGCGUAAAACACCACCCGAGAUACAAACUCAAACCACCGAUAAAAACUAUGGAAUGGAACAUGAGCAAAGAAGUGAUUCAAGUAAUGAAGAGCAGCAACAGCAACAGUACAAGUCGUUUGUUUCGGCAACAAAACACAGCGAUUUG